AUGAGGUACUCGCCAUGCCGGAUCCUGGUCAAGGUCUCUGGCUUCAGCUCCAACUUCCAAGCUCUCACAGUUGCUAUAUCUACGAGUCGGCUUCCAAAUAGUCGCAUCAUCUCCCUCAUCACGAAUCGGAGAAAUGCACACGCAAUCGUUGGAGCGGAUGAAGCUUGCAUUCCUUGGGACUACCUCAACUCAAUCAGUAACGGGUUUUUGCGGAAUGGGAAAACAGACGAAUACAAAGUGGCAGAAAGCCGUCACAAGUAUGACUCUGCAUGGGCCGCGAGAGUUCUAUCAGCAGGAAAGGAAAAACCUGAGUUGAUUAUUCUCGCUGGUUGGAUGUAUGCCUUCUCGAGUGCUUUCCUAGAAUGCAUCUAUCGAAAGGGCAGGGGUGCGGAUAAUCAACUUCCACCCCGCACUACAACACAACCUGCACAGGGGAGUUUGAUGGAGCUAUGGCGAUCGAGUGAGCUUUCGAAGAGAGCUCAAGGCUGGCCGUAUAACGCGAAUGGGUGUCAUGGCCCACUAGGUGAUUAA